AUGGUGUUUCCCCGAGUUCCCCUCAAUUCACCCCCUAACCAGCUCAGCAGUGGGCCACUCCUGUUGCUAGGUUCUGGACCAAACACUGAACAUUCCAGGCCAGCACUGUGGCUCAGGCAAGUAGUUGCGCAUCCUUGUGUGAUGGAUUGGGAAAUCACAGUGGGUCUUUUGACCCUUGUCUUGAUUUCGUGGAGAACUUUUCUUUCCAUUCGAAGUCGGUUGGGAGUGUGGAGAGAAAAACGGCUUGCUCUGCAGCUCACAGAACGCAUUAAAGAAAAGUGCCAACUCUUGGAUGAACUCAGCGAUCUUCAGAAAGAACACAAAUCCUUCGAGUCAGCUCUCAAGAAGGUCCGCCUAGAGGAGGGGGCCAGGAGAGCGCAGCGUCGUCGGAAGGCAGCCCACAAGAAGGUGCUGGCAUUGAGGAACAGAGCCAAGAUUCAAGGGCAGAUACACCGCCUCCUCAAAAAGCUUACAGAAAAGGCAUCAGAAUGUUUUCGACAACAGCAAUCAGAGAUGGCAGAUGUAUCCAACAAGAUCCGGUCCCCAGCAGAAAAAUUAACAUCAAAGACAUCCAAAAUAGCUAACAGGAAGCUCGCCUUGUGGAGUAUGCACAAAAAGUGGCUCCAGAGAGAAAUGACAGAUGAUCUGACUGAAAAUGGCCAACUCCACGAAAGCCACUCACAGCUUUCCCAGGAAAAUCAACGUUGGAAGGAAAGAGAGGCUGAACUUACCUCACGGAAAAGGGCAUUGCAAGACUCCCAGGCUCGAGGAGAACAACUGCUUAGGGAGAAAGGCAAGCACUUCAAGGCUCUGAUUCAGCGCCUGAUCAUCAUCACGAAUGGCUGGGCUUCUGGGCUCCCAGAAGACACCACACAAACUGAGAACUCACAGCAGGAAGUCGAGAGUCACCUGGAAAAUGGUCCUGGCUCAGGUCAUCGGCCAAGAGUGCCUUUGGAGAAACUGGUCUAUGGUGCUGGAUUAAAUGCGUCCUUAAAGAACAUGGAAGAACAAAGAAACCAACUUCGCACUCAACUCGGGGAGGCAGAGAAAACUAAGAAAGAACUGCAAGAGUCUCUGUACCAUCUCCAGACUCAAAAAGCAUCUCUGGAGUCAGCCAAUGCACAGCUGGGACGGGAGAGCCAUAAGCUUCAGGAGAAGGUCGCAUUGAUGGAGGAGAUUCACCGCCAAACUCUGCUGCACUGCCACACCAAACAGAGACAGCAGUCUAAAGCCUGGGCAGAGCAAGGAAAGAAACUGACCAUACGGGAAGCAGAGGUGAGCCUUACUGCAAAAGAGCUGGAGACCUACAGGAAGAUGGCCCAGGAUACGCAGGAGGAGGGGGAGAAAACUAUUCAAUUCCACCAAAGGCAGGUGACCUGCAUGCAAAAGAAAGCCCGCGAGUACUGGGAUGCAGCUGCCACUGCUGGAAGACUGCUCAGGGACGUAAGGAGAGGAAAUGCUCACACCAAAGUGAUUCUGCGUGCCAUGGAGAUGAAGGCUCCUCUCUUAGGCCAAGAUCCUGCCACUCUGAGUGCGAUGAAGAGGUCAGCUGGCAGGCAGCAUUGCCUUCCUGGUCCUUUCCCUAGAGGUAGGCCAGCCCCAGCAAGGAGAUCUGCUCCCCCACCUCUUCCAACGCUGUGGGAGGAGCCACUGGCAUCCUAG